AUGCUUCUCUAUCGCGGUCUUCUACUUCUCCUGCACGUGCUCCUUGUGCACUCAGCUGCUCUCCAGCCGCGUCUGUCGACAGCUACUCGUGAGACAUGCCAGACAAGUUUGAAGUGCCCUGAGGGCACGAUCAUUGUGUCCAACUCUUCUCAUCCGGCUGCUCAAUUCACGUCUAUUCAGGCUGCAUUCGCCUCCCUUCCCAACGACAAUUCCUCUCACACGAUCCUGGUGCUCGCAGGAACCUACCACGAGCAGCUUAACCUUACGCGUCCGGGUCCUGUCACUUUGCUGGGCCAACAGCCCGAUCGCAGCGCUCUUACUGAUCCCACACGCAAUCGCGUCACCAUCACUUGGGCUGCUGCCAACCAAGACAACACAGGCCAGUCGGUGGACAAUGUCUAUUCCAGUGUGCUGAUCGUCGCGCCUACUCUGGAUGCCAGCCUGACUGGGUCGGGUACCACGGGUUAUCCCGUUCCUGCGGACACGCCGUUUGGCAACAUCGAUUUCCGGGUGUAUAAUAUCGACUUCCGCAACCUGUGGGCGGAGUACAGCGACGGGCCUGCCCAUGCAAUCAGCUUCAGUCGCGCCAACGGAGGCUUCUACUACUCUGGCUUCUACUCCUACCAGGACACCGUCUAUAUUGGCAAGCUCGGCAACGCAUACUUCCACGAGUCCGUCAUUGCCGGUCAAACUGACUUUCUGUAUGGCUUUGGCACCGCCUGGAUCCAAUCGUCCUCGAUUCUCCUGAGGUCGUGCGGUGGCGGCGUGACUGCCUGGAAGGGGACCAACACGACGUUUGAGAAUAACUAUGGCGUGUACAUCGUGGACUCAACCGUUCAUGCCGCCAACUCCUCCCUGGUGUCGGAGAUCAAGGGCCAGUGUGCGCUGGGACGGCCCUGGAACUCCCUGCACCGGUCCAUCUUUGUGAACAGCUACGAAGACGGCAGCAUCGAGCCGUCUGGAUACAUUAACUGGGAGGACCGAUGGGCGGCCAACCAGACGCUAAUGGCGGAGUACCGUGCCUACGGGCCGGGCUUCAAUGCCACCGGCCGCAUCGAGGGCGGGGUUGCUGUGUUGUUGGAUGCGAAGGGGUAUGAGAGGUACGAUUCGUUGGAGAAGGUGUUUUUGACUCCUGAGGGUAAGGCGGGCAAUGUUGCUUGGAUUGACUGGGAUCUCGCGCGUAGCAGUGGUAGAUAG